GAUCGUCGCGGCAGCACGGCCAGCCUCGACAGCCGCGAUAACAAUUGCACGCGUCAAACGCGCUUAUCAACGAGGGCCCUGGCGAGAGGAACGCGCUCGUAAACGUAAACAGUUGAAGAGCAACAAGUCGACCGGCGACAUCCAAUCGGACGCCUCUUGUGGUCAUUCCGAACCCAACGGCGUAAACAAAGUGGAAUUCGUGCCAUUUUUUUUCAAAUCAGUGGACUAGUUCGGGGAAAACAAACCGAAAGCGCGAUUGUUAUUCAGUGAAGUGUCGAUGACGAGUCGUUCCAGAGAGCGGACGUCGCUUUAAGGAGUCGUGGAACAUGACAAGUGGACAUGGGGAGCCUUAAUGUGUCUUUCAUCCUGUCGUUUGUGCUGUUUUUGGAGUAUAUCCCGAGCCUAAAGGCCGACCUGAGGUGCUACAGGUGCAUAGUGGCGUCACCUGUCGUCAACUAUGAAGGAGAGACCUACAACUUGUGCAAAGACUUCGACUACUCGGAGAAGUUCAUCGUCAACUGCCCCUAUUCCACGUUUUGCGUAAAGAAAAUUGUCAGCGCAAAAAUCCCAUAUCUGAUAAACGGAACCGAAAGGGACUGCGCCAGCCAGAAACUGAAGCAGCACAAGUACCAGAACAAGAUGUGGCACGUGGACUACAUCGUCGAAGACCCCUACAUUGAGGGCUGCGUGAAAGCCGACGACAAAGGUGCGAGGACCACCACCGCCGAGUACUGUUACUGCAAGGGCGAUCUGUGCAACGCAGCUUCUGCGUCGGGGGGCCAUUUCUACCGUUACAUUCUUACAGCUGUGAUAGUACUGUUCUCAAAGUCGUAUCUGUGUUAUCGUGCUCUAUAACGUAGGUUACCUUAGGUGUUUUUUUUUAAAUUCAUUCUAAAAACGUGGUCUUAGCGACAUUUCUCGCAAGCAACAGGUUACGCCGGUUGGUGCUAUUUAGACUUAAUUGUAUAUAAUAUUAGCUUCUCGUUCUGUUUAGACAUUAAAAAAAAGCUUUAGUCUCGAGAUAUACAUCAUUUUUUGCAUUUUGUGGACUAAAAUGACCAAAAUUAAAGUUGACUAAAAUUACUUAUACCCUAGUUUGACAAUUGAUAAAAACUUCAAGUCUAUGUGGCAACAUAACCUAUAACAUCUGUCAAAUCAGCUCGGGGACCAAUCAGAUAGCAUUAGUAGACGUUUGUUUGUUUUUGUUACACAACAAUUGCUUGAAAUAAGCUACUAGAUCGGUACUUUUAAUCCACGGAAUGCGAAAAAAUCACCGCCACUGUCCGUAAACUAACAUCUUAAGAUAUGUAGUCACAACUGAGGCUGUGUUUAUAUAAAUAUUGAUAUGCUCGUUAGGUAACGCUCGCUUUGGUGAACUCUUUAUCGUUUUAUACACACACUUGUAAGGAGAGAUUAGAUAACGGCGCUCUAAUCUCCUUAAAACGCUUUGAAAAUUAUUUUUAUUCUAUUAUCAUUGAAAUUAUUUUUUACUGCUUCGAUUCUACCGCAAUUUUCUUGACCAUACCAUUUGGGACCAACAUUGAAACAAAAUAGUAAAGCAAAAAAAUUUUUAAUACAUAUUGCUUUGGGUAUGUGCAAUUAAAUAUUGAACCUUUUUGAAAAUUUUAUAAAGGACGUUAUAUAUUUACCUAUAUUUUUGCUUAUUGUAUACAUAUUGACGAAUAAAAGAAAUAAAGUAUAUGUAUAUU